GUGGUGGUUACCAAUUGUUCGCAGGUUGUUCGCCAUAAGUUGAACUCUCUUACUCUCUCAAGUCUGUAUCUAUAAAAUCCUCUUCUUGCACCCUCUAGUUGCUAGGUAUAAUACCGUAGGGUACACCUAGUGGUAAGUCAUAUAUCCAGAUAUACACAGCCACGGAUAAGACAUUGGACUGAACUUGAAAGCACGUAGCCCUGUCGGAAAUCUGUCCCUCUUCCACUGAUUUGCUUGAUUAAUAUUUCAUCUUCUAAGGACUUUGUGCACUACUUUCUACAGUUGAUGAGCCACCAGCUCUACUGUAUUCUUGCCGCCUCUUUCAUUCGUGCACGGUGAGCAGCACCAUCGACCUGCUCCGCCAUCUGUUUGAGCAACCCCGCCUGAUACAAAUACCUUUAUGACCAAUCCAGCUGCGCGAUAUUCCAGAUAGCCAGGAGUUAGUGACCCCCCCCUUUUCCGACUAUUUUUUGAUUCAUCAUGGAGCGCCACCAAUAUGCCGCUUUUCGUUCAUCUUCAUUACCAAUUCCCAGUGAGAGGGCUCGAGCAGGUACUCCCAAUCCUCCCAGACGAGAAUCGAAUUUUAUGGUGACAGAUGGACCCAUCACCCCUCCCCUCUCCCCCACCAUCAGUGAGGACGGUGAUGGCGAUAUCAUCGUUGAUUCGGAACCUCGGUAUAGUGGACAGAGACAAGAUGUGCCCGCAAGUAUCAAUCCGACUGCACAUCCAGAAGCUCAUUUUCGCCGCCCAAGUCGGGGAGUUGAAGCCGAGCAGCAAAUGGACAUAGAUACCGCCGAGGAAUCAACUAUACCAAAACCAGCUGCUAGGAACCUCGAGGAUGAACAGUCGCAUGUUCAUCGUGGUUCUCUGAAGCUAACAGAUUUCGAAGUGAAAGGCACCUUAGGUACAGGUACCUUUGGCCGCGUACUUCUUGUGCGCCUGCGCUCUUCAAACUCACAAAAUUCACAAAACUGCUUCGCCCUGAAGAUUCUCAGAAAAUCUGAAAUUGUCAGGUUACGGCAAGUCGAGCAUGUCAACGCAGAGCGUUACAUCCUUUCUCGGGUCCAACACCCAUUCAUUGUCGACCUUUUUGCCACAUUCCAAGACAGCCUCAACAUUUACAUGCUUCUAUCAUACAUUCCCGGAGGCGAACUGUUUACUCAUUUACGGCGAGCCCAGCGAUUUACUCCCGACGUCACCCGUUUUUACCUUGCCACCAUUGUUUUGGCUCUCAAAUAUCUCCAUUCAUUCAAUAUCAUCUACCGAGACCUCAAGCCCGAAAACCUGCUCCUCGACUCUCGCGGAUACCUUCGCCUCACCGACUUUGGUUUUGCCAAAAUCGUCGACGACCGUACCUGGACCUUAUGCGGGACCCCAGAAUAUCUCGCACCUGAAAUCAUUCAAUCUGACGGCCACGGAAAAGCUGCCGACUGGUGGGCUUGCGGAAUCUUGGCAUACGAAAUGAUGGUGGGAUAUCCACCAUUUUUCGAUGAAACUCCAUACGGUAUCUACGAAAAGAUACUGAAGGGUAAAAUUCACUGGCCCAAAGAGAUGGACCGUUACUCAAAAGAUCUCAUCAAUGCGUUCCUGCAUCCCGAUCGUUCGAAGCGAUUGGGAAACAUGAUUGGUGGUGCCCAAGAUGUUUUGGAUCAUCCGUGGUUCCGAGGCGUAGACUGGGAUGCACUCGAGCGUCGUGAAAUAAGGGCACCAAUAAUUCCGCAUGUUACUUCCGUAGAUGAUACUCGUCACUUCUCACGUCUGCCUUUGCCUCCAGCGGAAGAGAUCCCAGGACUGAUUCGUGAAGAACAGCCUCCGGCCUUGCAACAACAGUUUGAUCCUGUUGCGUAUCAAUUCCUUGAGUUCUGAAUGUGGUCACGAAGACAUCUGUUUGAUUCUAUCUUACUCUGACAGCAUCCUAACUAGCGUACGAAUGCUGUUCGAUAUCUUUGACGAGUUCGAACUCGGUGUCUAGCAUUGAUCCUUUUUCCCUACCUCUUGAUGUUCAGACUCCAUACCUUGCAAUAGGGCAUGACUGCGUACCCCCUCUCCUUUGGUUUCAGCUUUGUUUUUGCUUUGUUUUCUAGGAUGUUCUACCCCUCUUCUCCGUCCAUCUAUCUUAUCUCAACUCAUUACUUCGCAUCCGCCACCAUUGACUGUAUCUCUCCACAUCCUACUGUAUAACUUUCAUACGGCUUUCGUCUCCUUUAGGUUAUCCGUUCUGGUUGUUUCUUGUUCUGUACAGUGCAUGUCAUAUAAUUCACCUCCAUAUGCUUUCCCUGUCAUUUACCGUACUUGUCAAAAUCUUUUCGCUCUUCUGCUCGCCCUGUCUCAUUGAGCAUGUAUGCUUGCAUUCAAGCUUUUCGCUUCAAGAUAGUUAGAA